UGAUAACUGAAUGAAGUCUGCUUCAAAUCGUACUUUCAGAUGUAGCGCAUAUGCAUAGACUAGCAAGACCGAUAUGCAUAUAUUGUUAUCUACCCAAUGACCGAUUUAGAAUAGAAGUGACUGCCAUGCAUACGGCCGUCACCGUAUACCUUCCACCUUAUGGAAGCUUUCUCGGAAAAGGCUGCCAAGUGAAAUUCAUAUACUUUGGCGCUAGGAAUUUUGCUUAAAUAUUUAUGGCCAGCCUUAGAGGUAACAAGUACAAGCAUCCUAGACCAUUUCGGGCCACUGUGGCUGUGGUUCGCAAUUCUCGGACAUAAUUGCUGCAGAGUUGACAGAUCACACAUGACACUGCGAGACAAUCCUACACGAAAUCGUGUAAAUAGCCUCCAUUCGCCGAAAAGACAGAGACGUGCCUUCAAGUAAACUCCUUCCUUAAUGAGCCAGAUUUCUCCUACUUUGAAAGCCAAUGAAGGCAACCAAAUCUUCACCGUCGCCGCUGGUUGCUUUUGGGGUACCGAAAACAUCUACCGUAAACACUUUGGGAAUAGGGGUUUGGUAGACGGAAAGGUUGGCUAUGCCAACGGCGUUGUCGCUAAUCCGUCCUACGUGGAGGUUUGCAAGGGAACUACAAACCACGCUGAGGCAUUGCAGAUCUCGUACGACCCAGAACUUGUUUCCUUGAAGGAGUUGGUCAAAUUCUUCUACUUAAUGCAUGAUCCAACUACUUUGAACGCUCAGGGACCUAAGAAUAGAGGCACUCAGUACCGUUCAGCAAUCUUCUACAGCUCUGCCAAAGAUGCCGUCCAGAUUAAUGAGGUGGAGGCGGAGGUACAAGCAGAGUACUAUCCAAACCACUCGAUUGUUACCGUUAAGGAGCCAUUGGAACAGUUCUGGGACGCUGAAGAUUAUCAUCAGUUGUAUUUGUUGAAAAAUCCGGAAGGGUACGCCUGUCCUUCGCAUUACCUUAGAACCUCACCAAAGGUUGAGGGAAGCCCAACCACAUCUGCCUAAUUGAUCCAAGCCAAGUGCACAAUUCUGUCGGGAUGUAUAUGGGCGGAGCAUUGAAUUUCUCCACGUUGUACGAUAAAGCUCAUUGUCUGAACCGGGUUGAAGUAAUUAAAGCGAACAGGAAUGGUUUAUAAGGUGCCUGCUUUGUAAGUUAGACAGCCUGUAAAUGUAAUAAGGAUCAUAUAAAGGGGCUAUGAAAAAAAUUCUGGUUAGUGUAUGGCUGAUCUAGAUCGUCGAAUUCGUAAGUCGUAAACUAUAAACAGGAGGGGGAGGUCAAGAAAGUGCCGUUG